AGGUGAGAGAGAGAGAGAGAGAGAGAGAGAGAGAGAGAGAUCUGGCUAGCUAGCUAGCCCCUGCAGCCAGUGGCUAGUGAGUGUUUGUUGUAUGAGCUUGCUUGGGUUGCUGCAGUAGGAGGAGCCUCCGAUCCGUGGGCAUGAGCUGCAACGGCUGCCGGGUGCUGCGCAAGGGCUGCAGCGAGGGCUGCGUGCUGCGCCCCUGCCUGCGGUGGAUCGACGCCGCCGACGCGCAGGGCCACGCCACCGUCUUCGUCGCCAAGUUCUUCGGCCGCGCGGGCCUCCUCUCCUUCAUCUCCGCCGUGCCCGACGCGCAGCGACCUGCGCUGUUCCAGUCCCUGCUGUACGAGGCGGCGGGGCGGACCAUCAACCCGGUGCACGGCGCGGUGGGGCUGCUGGGCACGGGGAACUGGCACCUCUGCCAGGCCGCCGUCGACACCGUGCUGCGGGGCGGCGCCAUCGCCCCGCUCCCGGAGCUCGGCGGGGGCCGCGGCGACGGCGCCGGGAGCGGGGACCUCUACGGCCCGGCCGCCGGCGGCUGGUCCACCUUCUCCACGGCCAAGCUGGUGCGCAAGGCCGCCGGCGAGGCGGCGGCGGGGGCGUCCUGCGACCUCGGGCUGUGCCUGAGCCCCGGGUCCCCGCGGGCGCCCGGGGAGCCGAGGGCGCCCCUCCUGCGGCCGGGCACGCCGUCCAUGAGCUCGGACGAGUCCGUGACGACGACCACGACCGGCGGCGACAGGGAGCCGGUGCUGCUCAACCUCUUCCCCUGAGAUAGAGCCUGCGGCCAGCUAAUCCUAAUCCCUGGCGGAACGUUCCCGGCGGCCAAGUAUUUAGCUGUUCCUCUCGCCGCCGCCGGCGAGGCCAUUUCCCUUGGUUUCUUGGCGGCCUUUGAUUUUGUUCCUUGUGUAGCUGUAGUAGAAAAGCAGCAGAAGCUAUAGCAGCCGGCCUGGACGCCCGUUUGCGUGGGCGAUAUGAGAGCGCCGGUGGCCACCCCACCCGAGUAACCAUUUUUCCUUUUUUUCUCUUGGACAAUUAUAUAAAAAUAUAAUAAAUAGUGGUACUACUACAA